AUGGCUACUAACCUAAUAGAAGACAAUUGCAUCAAUCUUGUGAAAAUGAAAUUUGUUAACAAUACACUGUACUUUAAAGCGGAAAGUGAUGAAGGCCUGGAAUCAGAUUACUUUGGCAAGCUUGAACCUAAACUCUCAAUCAUACGAAAUUUGAACGACCAAGUCCUCUUCGUUAACGAGGGAAAUCAACCUGUAUUUGAGGAUAUGCCCGAUUCUGACUGUACAGAUAAUGCACCCCAUACCAUAUUUAUCAUCUAUAUGUAUAAAGAUAGCCUCACUAGAGGUCUGGCAGUAACUAUCUCUGUGAAGUAUAAGACAAUGUCUACUCUCUCCUGUAAGAACAAAACUAUUUCCUUUCAGAAAAUGAGUCCUCCGGAUAGUAUCAAUGAUGAAGGAAAUGACAUCAUAUUCUUUCAGAGAAGUGUUCCAGGCCAUGAUGAUAAGAUACAAUUUGAGUCUUCAUUGUACAAAGGACACUUUCUAGCUUGUAAAAAAGAGAACGAUCUUUUCAAACUCAUUUUGAAAGACAAGGAUGAAAAUGGGGAUAAAUCCAUAAUGUUCACUGUUCAAAACAAGAGCUAG